UGGAGCACGGACACUGAAGCUCACUGGACUCUAAACUUUUCAAAUAUUCUGGACAGGACCUUGAAUUUCAGCUUCCUUCUUGCUGGAUUAGUUUGAUUUUGCUUUUUGUUGUUGUUGUUGUUGGCAGCAUCUGGGACUUUAGGGUGAUAAAACCUCCUCCAUCCUGUUUGUGGAACUGCCCUGCCCUGUGAAUGCUGAGGCUGGCAGACGACCCUCACAAGAGAGGAGGUGAAGUGGUCACCAUGUGGAUCCCGACGCCCAGCAUGACCCUCACCCAGCGCUUGGUGCUGUACGGGACGUGUGCCGUGGCGCUGAUGAACUCAGUGGGCCUCCUGGUGCUCCUGGUCCAGCAGAAUCAGCAGCAGGGCCGGCUGGAGCGGACAGAGGCGAGGCUGACGGAAGUGGAGCAGAGCUCGGUGGUGGAGUUCAUCCAGGAGGUGCCCAGAGGAGCGGCCGGGUUGAGGGCGAGCGCCGGGGGGGAGCAGCCACAAUACCAGUACCAAUACUCCAGGAACAAGAGGAGUGAAGAGAUGGAGAAGGAGCUGAAGCAGGAGAUGCAGGAGAUCCACCUGGAGGAGGGGAAGGAGUUCAGCGAGCAGGAGGUCAGCCAGGAGGUCGGAGAGGAAACGGAGAAGAAGAUGAAGCACAAACACCGACACAGCCAGCGUUACCACAAGACACAAGUGCAGGACGACAUGAUGAUGAUGAUGACUUACUCCAUGGUGCCGAUCAAAUUGUUGAUCGACAUUUGCAACAGCACCAAGGGCGUCUGCAUAGCCGGACCUCCAGGACCGCCGGGUUUGCCGGGUGCAGACGGCAUGCCUGGUCAGAAUGGGACUGAUGGCAUCCCAGGAGUGAAUGGAACGCCCGGGGCUGAUGGGAAAAGAGGAAAAAGAGGGCCGCCAGGUGAGAAAGGAGAACCGGGGGAGAAAGGGGCGCGAGGAGAGCCCGGUCCGCCUGGAGAGACAAGUCAGCCAUCCAAUGACGUCAUUAUCGAGGGUCCUCCUGGUCCACCAGGACCUCCUGGACCUAUCGGCCCUCCGGGACCUCCUGGACCUCAGGGACCCCCCAGAACAAGGCACCACAGAGCCCACCUUCAAGCUCCUCAUACUUUGGGGCUUUCGCACGCAAUUCCAAAUGAUGAAACUUCAUCCGUAAAGGAGGCCGUGAAACGUCACGAGAAUCCUGCUAAGAAGAACGAGUGCCUGAUUAAGUCUCUGAUCAACCCCAGGAACGUGACAAAGAUGGAGAGCACAUUUGGCACGUGGAUGAAAGACACGGCUCAGCUGAACGAUGAGAGAAUCUGGGUGGCAGAGCACUUUUCUGGCCGUGUGGUGAAAGAGUAUCAGAGCAUUGCCUCCUUUCAGAGCAACACCAGCGAUGUUGUGGAUGUUAGAAAGUUCUACCAAGGCUGCGGCCACACCGUCCACAACGGUUCCCUCUACUAUCACAUUGCCGGUACUUCCAGCAUCGCCAGAUUUCACUUCCACACCAAGAGCCUCCGCACUCUCAGCAUAGACCACGCUCUGCACCACAACCUCGCCUACUUGCUCCACAACUCCAAGACCUACUUUAAGCUGGCGGCGGACGAGAACGGCCUGUGGCUGAUCUUUGCAUCCAGCAUGGACGAGAGCAUCAUGGUGGCCCAGCUGGACCAGAAGACCUUCUCCGUCACCUCCUACAUCAACACCACCUAUCCCCGCACCAAAGCCGGCAACGCCUUCAUCGCCUGCGGAGUCCUGUACGUUACCGACACCAAGGACAGCAGAGUCACCUUCGCUUUCGACCUGCUGAAGGGGAAGCCUGUGAAUAUGACCUUCGACCUGAGGUCUCCUGGUGGAGUCCUGGCGAUGCUCUCCUACAGCCCCAAGGACAGACACCUGUAUGUGUGGGACCAGGGCUACGUCAGGCUCUAUGUGGUGCACUUCAUCUCUGACGAGUGACGAUCAUGCUGUCUGAACAGGCGACAAAACAUGACUGUUACUACAGUUGCAUGCAAAACUAUUCAACCUCCAUGGUAUAAUGAGUACUGUAGACCUAAGAACUUUGCUGAGCUGGAGAACAUUGCCCACGAGGAAUGGGCUAAAAUUCCCAAGGAGCGCUGCCAGAAGCUUGUUGGAGAUGAUACCUCCUGUCUACAGCAGGUCAUUGUAGCAAAAGGGUGCUGAAGAUGCAGCCUCUUAGGGGGUGGAAUCAUUUUGCAACCUGCUUUUUGCAAAAAAGUUGAAAUUCUGGACAGAUUACGAAUAAAUCUUGAUUUGUACUUUGGUAUCGUAUCUCAAUUAACUAAGUGUUCACCUCUUACAUGAUUUAGCAAUCGCCUGUACAGGGUGACCCAAAAGUUUGGAAACAAAGUUUAACUGCAGUGUCUAUUUCAGUUGGGGGUGCAUGAUUUCACUCUUAUUUUACCCAUUUUUGUUAUAGAAUAAUAAAAUAACUUAAAAGCAUAGUAUUUGCAGAGUGCAAUAACUCGGAAGAAAAUGAAUAGAACCAUAAGGUCCAGGUAUGCUGGAGCAUGACUUCAAAAUGCAGGCCAUCAGUGUCAGAUUUCAAAACUCUUGAUGGUAAAGUAUCUGACAGUUUAAAUUUUUUUAAAACAUCCAAAAGUACUAUGAGGCAACAUUUACUGGCCAGUUUGAGGAACCUUCAUAAGCAUGAAUGAAGAUACAUUCCAGAAGAUACAAAUGUAACCAGGUGGUGGAAACGUUCACAACUUUGUAUAAGAAACAAACAUGAACAUGUUGAAAUAUGUUUGUUUUACACUAAUCUGUUACUCUUCUGAAUACAUCUGUGGUACUGAUUUAUUGAAAUAACAUUAUAUUAUUUGGAUUAUAGACGUUUCAUUCGUUUCCAAAGUUUUGGGUCACCCUGUAGUUGUAAUAUUGCUCAUUUUGCCACAACAUCAAAAACGUAAAAGGGGUUGAAUAAUUUUGCAUGCAACUGUAUACAUACUGAGAGUAGAAUGACUACUGACUUGGAGAUUACUCCUAUUAAGGUUUUCAGGAGAGGCAUACAUGCUAGUUUUUAUUUCUGUCAAUAUAAAAGUUUGUGUUUGAUUAUAAAAUGCCAGAAAAAAAAUACACUGCUGUAUUUACAUCCAGUUUGCAAUGGAGAUUUUAGAGUGACUAACAGUGUGAAAACCAUUCCAGUUUACAGUAACUGAAUCUAAACUAAGCUGUUGUGUUUAAGUUGUUGCUCUAUUCCUUAUAUUUGCAUGAGUCACCUUUAAUGUAUUUUUUUACAGAUGUAAAUGUCCCCCUCUUCAUUUUUUCUGUACAUAUAAACACUCUACCCGUGUUUGUAACAAAGCA